AUGUAUUCGAUUUGGGUGCUGUCUGCAGUGCUCGUGUUAGCGGCUGGUGAGGCCAACGUCGGCUACGAAUACAAGGUCCCUACCACCGUUUACGGGCUUCCUACCCAAUACAACAGCGGCAAAUACAACCCAGGACUUUACAAUGGCUAUCAAAAUGGUGCUUACGUCCAUAGCACAUCAGGAAAAUAUACAGGAAAUUCUGGUCAAUCCUCAACACUAGGCUCUUCGAAUUCUGGAUACAGCUUUGGAAACGGUCUCUCUUCGGGUGUAGGUUCAGGCCUCGCUGGUUCUGGUUAUCAGACCGGUCAGUAUACUUCCACUGGUAACAAAUAUCAAUCGGGACAGUAUAACCACGGUCAUCAGACAGGCCAGUACGUCGCCGGAUCUGGACAACAAUCAGGACAAUACGUCUCUGGAAAUGGACAAUACAGUUCAGGAUCUGGACAGUCAGGACAGUACGUCGCUGGAUCUGGACAAUCAGGGCAAUACGUCACUGGAAAUGGACAAUAUAGUUCAGGAUCUGGACAGUCAGGGCAGUACGUCACUGGAUCUGGACAAUCAAGCCAAUACGUAGCUGGAACUGGCUAUAAUGGACAGUAUGUUUCUGGAAGUGGACACCAAUCAGGACAAUCAAACGUCGGCCAAACCGGGCAAUACGUCACUGGAAAUGGACAACAAUCUGGUUCUAGUUCCACCUUUAACAACAAAUACGUCACUGGUGUCGGCUCAAACAAUGGUUACUAUCAAACCGGUUCAGGUUACACUGAUACAUCAGGAAGCGGAUCAGGAUACUACGUACAAGGCUCUGGUUCAAACUACAACGUGGGUUCAUCAAACUCCGGAUCAGCGACAAGUACUGGAUCAAACAAUUACUAUGGCUCGACAUCUUCAGGAAACGCUUUCGGCUCCGGUGGAUCCGGAAAUCUGCUUACUGAGUAUCAAACAACUUUCGAAAGUACAUCUGACACAAGUGGUUUGGACAGAGUGGGUAGCCACUACCAAUCUACAAACGGUGCGCAUCACUAUACAACAGGGUCUAAGGAAUAUUACUUCCAAAAGUCGCAGCAACCCACACAAGUUUACAAACAUUUCUACGUGAUCUCUGCUCCAGAAGAACCAGAAACAGUUAAACAACGUCAACCAAUUGUUCUGCCCCCGCCAGAGAAACACUACAAGAUUAUUUUCAUCAAAGCACCGACCCAACCAGCGCCAGCACCACAAAUAGUCACUGUGCCACAACAAACAGAGGACAAGACAAUUGUGUACGUACUCGUCAAGAAGCCAGAAGAUGUUAAAAAUAUCGAACUGCCUAAAUUUGAAUCAAAGGCACAAGCUAAACCUGAAGUAUUCUUUAUCAAAUACAAUGAUAAAGCGGAUUCUAAGGUGCUCAUAGAUAAUAUUGUUAGCGACUACAACCGAGGGGGUAUUAAAGCGUCUUUUCUAAACGUCGGCGGUGGUAAAGGAGAUACAGUGUUGGACUCCUCUAGUACAAACUCCGGGUCACUAGACGGCAUUUUAAGAGCAUUUGAUCUUCCAGAAAACAGCAACAGAUAUGGUAAUGAUGCUACUGUUUUGACUAACCAGGGUUCUUCAAUUAAAGAUACUGAUAAUGUAGUAACACUUCAAUCAAGCUCUAAUUCUGGGGUAGGAUCAAUUUUAGACGGCACUCAUUCUAACGAAGACACAACUGGUAAACCAGUAACCGUAAGUUUUGUGUCUGGUACCGAGGAAGCCGUUUCCAGUGCUUCAGGUUCUGACGAAGGCAACUCUGCCUCAAGCAAUAAAGACAUUUCUGAAAACACUAGUAAUAUUCUUUUAUCUACGUCCAAUAACGAUGUGGAAUCUAGUUCAGUAUCAUCUGUAGUAUCCGAUGAAAGCAGUGAUUCAAGCGUGGAUAGCGAAUCUGACAGCGAAAAUUCUGGAUCAGGCAGUUUGGAUUUGUCUUUGAUAUUUGGAACUAACUCAGGAAGCGCUGUAGAAUCGAGUGCGAGUGUAGAUUCCAGCUCUAGCGCUGAUACUAGUUCUAACUCAGGUUCCUCUCAAGAUGCUAGUGUUGUCACCCUGGAUUCUAACGUAGAUAGUGCAUUCGGUAAUAAUCCGGAUAACUCUGUCGUUAAAGAAUCAAGCACGGGUGUGAGCUCCGGUAGUUCUGCGUCAACAACUGGCUUUGGCUUUAACUCAGAUUAUUCUUUCAUUAAAGGUGGAAGUUCCAGCGGCUCUACAGGAAGCUUAUCAAGCCUGAAUUCUGGUGGAAGUUCCGGCAGCUCCUUUGGAACAGGCUUCAAUACCGGUGCGUACAAAACCGGAUCAUACUAUGCCUCCAAGCCCAGCGUCUCAUUCGGUACGGAUUACAAUGGAGGUUUGAAUACCGGUGCAGGAUUUGGAGAUAGUAAAUUCCCAUCUACACUCUCCACUUUUGGAUCGAACCAAGGAGCUAGCAGUGCUUCGAAUUCUGGGUCAAGCAGUUUUGGUACUACAGGAUCUGUCUAUGUACCGACCACAGAUGCAUUCGGCUCCACAGGAAGCAGCUUGAACUCCGGCAAUCUCGUCUCCAAAUUCGACUCCGGUUCAAGCUAUGAUGGAUCCAUAGUGUCCACUAGCCAAGGCGUUCCCCAUGAGACCUACGGGCCACCUAAGUUUAGAGUGCUUUAG